GACAUUUGUAAAAUUAACAAGGAGCUUCUAUUAGUAAAUAGUUAUUGGCGUUUAAGAGUGUUUUAAGUUUUUAUAUUUGACUUUUUUCCGGGAACCUACCAUAUUAAUGUCAUGUUGACCUGUCGGUAAAUGUAUUUCGACGGUUCCAUGUGUGACAUCAUCACGGCGGGAGACAUAUGAAAGUGUAUGGUGUUUACUUGUCGCCUGUCAUUUUUGUUGAGCGCCUAUAAUAACGGAGGACUGCAAACUGUUCAAAAUGAAUAAUUCUCAUAGAUUUAUCAUUCAGAGUUUUCUGUCCAGGGGAACAUUGACACACGACGAAAUGAAGGACCUCCACAAAUUUGCAUGUGAAAAGUACGAAGUCACUUAUGCUGCUAAAGAUCUCACUCAGUAUGUACAGACAAUAAACCGCAAUAUUGGUCAGUUUUCUAUGGAAAUACGAAGAGGAAUAGAAGAAGAUAUUGGAUCUCAGAUGUAUGCCUUGGUUAGGACAUCAGAGUCAGAAAUGGGUAAACUCAGCUGUCUUUAUCAACAAAAUGAAAUAGAUCUAUUCAAAAAGACAAUCGCCCUGAUUGUUCAAUCAGAAUCAGGAAUGGCAUCGUCAACAGACAUACUGAAUCUGGCAGAUCACUUAGAUAAAAAUGUUAAAAAGAUGUCCAAAGUGGAAGCACAGAAUCUGCUGAAAAGAUUGAUAAAAGACAAAUGGUUAACAGAGAACCAAGGAGAAGUAACGUUAAGUGCACGGUCCAUAUUAGAACUGGAACCAAUCUUAAGAGAGACGUAUCCAGAUGAUUUGACGUUUUGUAAUUUAUGUAAAAGUAUUGUUAUAAAGGGUCAGUGCUGUACUCACUGCGAUUUGAAGCUGCACCUUCAUUGUGCUAGUCGCCUUUUUUACGGACGAGAUGCUCCUAUGUGUCCGGGGUGUAAAGGUCGAUGGGAACAUGAAAUCAUUGAUAUGCACAUUGAAGAAAUGAAUGGCAAUGAAGAGCCUAGGGCGGGCACAUCUAGUUCACAAACCCAAAGAACCAGCAUCAAUUCUAAGGCAAGAUCUGGAAGACCAUCAAAAAAGCGUAAAAACUGAGAAUUAAGUGCUACAAAUGUUGCGAUAUUUCAGUACCAGAGGAUGUUGUUAUUCAUCAAGAUUGGUAGACUUGUUUACUGCCAAAGCUUUCAUACUCUAUUUGAUAAUUUUUUAGCCUUCAACAUUUUAUCUGAACCAAAGCCUGGCUAACACUGGUGUGAUGACACAUCUAUUUUAAGCGAUGAAUAAAGUUUGAAAGAUUUUCUUUCAAUAAAUGGGGAUCAUCAUCAUACAAUCCACUUAUACCUAUACUGUCAAAUAAAUCACCCUCUAAAUGUCUCUGCAAAUGUAAAGAAAAGAACAGUUUUGUGUGUAAACAAUAAAACAGCACAUUCCUAAAUA